AUGAGCCUCAUCUACAAGUCAGGUAGCUCCGCCGGCCAGGAGAAGACCCUCUCACCCCGCCCUCCCCAGAGCGAUCUGGCUCAACUCGAGGUGGCCGGCGAGAGAAUGGGUCCGCGGGGCGCCAGCGGGCACCGGGCGAGGCCGUACAGCCUGCGGAGGAAACUUCAGAACCGCCCGUUCCAGCAGCCGAGUGGGCGCGCAGGCCGGGAGCUGCGCAGGGAGGCAGAGGCAUUCCUGGAGAGGUAUGGAUACCUCAGUGAACAGGCCCCCGAAGCUCCCUCCUCCACGCGAUUCAGCAAUGCCAUCAGGGAGUUCCAGUGGGUGUCCCAGCUGCCCAUCAGUGGCGUGCUGGACCCUGCCACCCUCCACCAGAUGACACUGCCCCGCUGUGGGGUUGCAGAUACUGAUAGCCAGGCAGGCCGGACUGAGAGGGUCAGCGCCCUGUUCGCUGGACGCCGGGCCAAAAUGAGGCGUAAGAAACGCUUUGCAAAGCAAGGCAACAAGUGGUACAAACAACACCUCUCCUACCGCCUGGUGAACUGGCCCCAGCACCUGCCCGAGCCUGCAGUCCGGGGGGCCGUGCGUGCCGCCUUCCAGCUGUGGAGCAACGUCUCGGCGCUGGAGUUCUGGGAGGCCCCAGCCACAGGCCCUGCUGACAUCCGCCUCACCUUCUUCCAAGGGGACCACAAUGACGGGCUGAGCAACGCCUUCGACGGCCCAGGUGCUGACAGCCUCUCUCCCACAUGGCAGGAGGGGGACCCCGCUAGGAGAGGCCGCCUGUGGAGGGCAGUGGAGCACUCGCUCUCCCUGUGGCCUUGCCCAAGCUGCAUCGUCCUCCAAAGAGCCCUCAGUCUCCUCAUCUAUCACAUGGGAACAGGACCGGCCCGAUUUUGUGCCAUGUGGCUGUUGGGAUGGUCAGAUGAGGUUCUGCAGGGAAAGUGCCUUGUAAACUCUAAAGAGCAUUAUCCUUUCGGGAAGAACCUUCUGAAGUCCCGUCAUCCAUCCCCUGCCUCUAGACAAGCCCGUGCCUCGCCUGUCCUCCAGACCAGGGUCCUAAAAACAUGCCGAGGCCACCACUGCCCUCCCCCAAGCCCCUGUCACAGUCACUGCCUCAGAGCAAGAGGCAUGCUACCUGCCCCUGCUACAGAAGCUCUUCCUAUGCCCACCGCCCAGACCGGCCUCCUGUUUGCCCCCAACCUGAAGGCUUCCAGCUGUGGUUUACACUGCUGUCCCCCCAUUCUGCCCAACACUGGCCUGCAGAGCCUGCGUGCAGGCUAUCUCUGCAUUUUCCCANUCCCAGCUAAGGAGUCAGGAAACCUGAUCCAACCGCUUCAGGCAGGGACUUACGGGGAGGACGUGCUGGCCGUGCAGAGCCUGUAUGGGAAGCCCCAGGGGGGCUCUGUGACUACCCAGCUCCCAGGAAAACUGUUCACUGACUUUGAGGCCUGGGACCCCCACAGAUCCCAGGGAAGGCGCCCCGAAACCCAAGGUCCUAAAUAUUGCCACUCUUCCUUUGAUGCCAUCACUGUAGACAGGCAGCAGCGACUAUACAUUUUUCAAGGGAGCCACUUCUGGGAGGUGGGAGCUGAUGGCAAUGUCUCAGAGCCCCACCUGCUGCAGGAAAGGUGGGCCGGGCUGCCCCCCAACAUUGAGGCUGCCGCAGUGUCACUGGAGAAUGGAGACUUCUACUUCUUCAAAGGGAGCCGAUGCUGGAGGUUUCGGGGCCCCAAGCCAGUGUGGGGUUCUCUACAGCUGUGCCGGGCAGGAGGCCUGCCUCGCCACCCGGACGCAGCCCUCUUCUUUCCUCCUCUGAGCCGCCUCGUCCUCUUCAAGGGUGCCCGCUACUAUGUGCUGGCCCCAGGGGGGCUGCAGGUGGAACCCUACUACCCCCGAGGCCUGCAGGACUGGGGUGGUGUCCCUGAAGAGGUCAGCGGUGCCCUGCCCCAGCCAGACGGCUCCGUCAUAUUCUUCAGGGAUGACCGCUACUGGCACCUGGACCAGACCAAACUGCGGGUGACAGCCUCGGGCCGCUGGGCGGCAGAGCUGCCCUGGAUGGGCUGCUGGCAUGUGAACUCGGGGGGCGCCUUGUUCUGAAGGCACCCCCACCUCAUAGUGAACUUUGGGUGCUCUCGUGGCCAACGUGUGUCCCCUGCCCCAGGGGCAGAGCCUGUCUUGGAAGCCUCUGAGCCCCCCUGCAGAAGACCCAGCAGAGAAGCUGGUCUGCGUUUGUUCCCUGGAGAAUGUGGCACUCAUCGUCUUGGCGCUGCUCCCCAGGACGUGGAAGUGGGGCCGGGAUCAACCCAAGGAGAAGCCAAAAAGGGUCCCAGACUCCACAGCCUUUUCCAAGGACUCUCUCUUCCCUCGGGCCUGGGGGUUUUGUUUUUUCUGCUAAAGGUGCAGGUCCUGUCUAUGAGGCAGCAGCAUUGGGCAACCAGGGAGGAUGCAGAUCUCAGUAGAGAGGUUGGGGCCACUUUGCAAGACUGUUGCCUUCCCCUGAGGACCUUCUGGCUCGA